AUGUCAGUCAGCUGACCAGAAAUGAAGUUGCUGUUAAAUUUAAUUUUUUUUCCACCCAUCACUUGUUGUAAAGACAGAAGCAACAUAAGGGAGUCUCCAACAAUGAGCAUCACAUGAUCGGGACAAUCGGACUGAUCUCAACCAGCAACAGGAGACUAUGGCCUCACAACGGACAGCCUGCCUUUUCCCUUCUGGACUACAAGUGAAUCUCUCUGUUUGACACUUCCUUUCUUUGGUCUACUUUUACUGCCUUCCCUUUUCUCGCUUGCCUUUAUUCUGUGAGCAUCCUGUAGUCUGCGUGUGAUGGAGGACUCGGAACCUGUGCAGCCCAGCCUCAACUCCUCCUACAUCCCGGCUGCUCUGGGCCACCAGCAGUUAUCUGAGGAUGAGGAGAGCGAGGAGAGCGAGGAGCAGAACCCCUCAGCCUCCCUGCUGCCCAAACAAUCCUCAGUGCCUCUGGCCGUGCGCUACAGUCCAGAGGACUCUUACUUUCUGGUUUACAUCAUCUUCUUUCUGAUGGGCAUCGGCUCCCUGCUGCCCUGGAACUUCUUCAUAACAGCAAAACACUACUGGCUCUACAAACUGAGCAACGACACACAUCACAGCGGCAGUGAGGAACAACGCUCAGACCUCAGCGACUACUUUGAAAGUUAUCUGGCCAUUGCCUCCACGGUGCCCUCUGUGCUCAGUCUGAUACUCAACUAUGUCCUGGUUAACAAGGUGUCCUCAAACGUGCGGAUCCUGUCCUCCCUUUUUGUGAUCCUGCUGGUGUUUGUGGUCACCACGGUGAUGGUGAAGGUGGACGUGUCUGACUGCAGGACGGAGUUCUUCAUCGGCACGCUGGUCAGUGUGGCUGUGGUCAGCGCAGCCUCCAACGUCUUCUCUGGCAGCAUGUUCGGCAUCAGUGGGCACUUCCCCAUGAGGAUCUCUCAGGCUCUCAUAUCAGGCCAGGCCAUGGGGGGCACUCUGAGUGCUCUAGCAUCAAUAGUGGACCUGUCCGUGGCGAAGGAUGUGACGGACAGCGCUCUCGCUUACUUCCUCACAGCCGACGUCUUCAUCCUGCUCUGCAUCAUCGCAUAUCUGCUGCUGCCCAAGUUUGCAUACACUAGGUCAGUACCAGGCAACCAUUGAGUAUGUUCCUCGCAUUACACGUGUAAAUGAUAACACCUUCCCUUGUCCUGUAACAUUUACUUGAAUCUGAAUACGAAAGAUUUACCAUACAGGGUGCAUUAUCUGGCACUGUCAUUCCUCAUACCACCACCAGAGGGUGCCAAAGAUACACAUGUUACCUUCUUACCGAUUACAGACACUUUGUUUUUGCGUUUUAAGGCACAGUCCCACCUAGUGUCAGCAGAAAGUAU